AUGAGGGAGGUGGGGUGGGUCGACAGUCGAAGGGUGUUCCCUCGCCUCAGUCCGCCGCUGGCAUCGGGGGCAACAGUAGUAGUUGGCUACCCAGCUCAAUCGCACCGGGAGGGGGGGGGGGUUGGGACGCACGGUAAGGCGCACGGUCUUGGGGGGCUUUGGGGUAGUACCGGCAUCCCACUGGACCGGGGGGGGCAACUAUGCGGUCCAUUCUCCGUGUCAGAUUUAUCUGGUUUGGAGGCCCUGGAUCGGUCGUUUGACCUCCUCCAGAUGGUAGUCCAGUCUUCUGGGAAUGUCACAGUCUAG